ACAAAGUAUCAGUUUCACAACGAUGCGCAUUCAAGACACGAACGAGGAAGAAUAUGUUCGAACUGCGUGUGUAUAUGUACAAAAAGAUUUGUAUCAACAGUUCAUGAAGAAACAUUGGAUAACGCUGUAAACCCGCACUGAAUCGUAUUCGGGCAAGGAGAUGAUGACAUCACACAUCUUAACGUAUCUUGUGUAUACGUAUCUUCGAGUCGCAUUUGCAAACGACAUAUUCGAGAAAUGCAACAACACACGGCCUUUCAAUUCCACGAUUGGCACAUGUUUGAGGCAAUCAACAGUUGCUAAAUGUUUGAACGAUAACUUUUCUACAUACGAAGAUGUUAAACGGUGUCAGAACAAUAGAUGCAUCAAAUGUUCAAAUCUCGGCCUGUCAUGCAUACCCGAUAAGUACAUACUUAAAAGUCCUUUUCUGGAUGAAAAAGCCUGCGGCCUUGACCUGAGCCAGAACUUGAUCGACGCCCUACCCGAUUACGCUUUCAAAGACACGUCCAAUCUGUCGUUUCUUUACAUACGCGUACUUUAUCUAAAUGAAAAUCGGCUGCGCUGGAUAUCCUCGCAUACCUUUGAUGGAUUGUCACAUUUGGAAUAUCUAAACUUGACCGAAAAUUGCCUUGAAUGGAAAGACAGUUUUCAGACCGGCGUGUUUAUGCCAUUAGAAGCGAUCGAAGUAAUCAACUUUAAAAGGAACAAAUUCUUUGAUUUUAUAGACCUAGAUAACGAAUUUCAUUACAUGACUAAUCUCUCUCAACUGUACAUCAAUCCAUAUAACGCAUCGGGGAACUUUACCCUCGGACCUGGCUUUCGUCGAUUAACAAAAUUGCUGAGGAUAAGUUUUUCUGGUCUAAGUCAAAACGAUUGUUCUGUCAAUACUAUCACACAAAAUAUGUUUACAAAUACUCUGAAUGUGCUAGAGCUAUCACUUAGAGAGUGCAACAUCACUGACAUUGACGAGCAAGCUUUGCUGCCCUUGAACAACACGGUGGCAGAUCUGGAUCUGUCUUACAACAAGGAACUUAGUUUUACGGGCAUGAAUAAGGCACUUAAAGGUCUGCGGUACUCACAGGCAUUGAAAAGAUUGAGAGCCAAUAUGAUAUACAGCAAUUUAGAGCUUGGAAUUGAGUUUAAGGAAGAACAUUUAGAAAACAUAAAAACAUUACAAAACAUAGAAACGUUGAACAUAGAUUUGAAUAAAAUUGAAAUUUUUAAUAAGAAAGUGUUUGAACCAGAAUCGCAGUGGCCGACCUCGCUCAAAAAUCUUACACUCGCUGGAAAUAGACUAACGGCUGGGAAAUACAUGAACAGCGUUUUUAUGGCAGAACAUAUCAUACGCCUAGAUAUUUCAAGGCAACAUCUCGAUUAUGACCCAUUCGCCAAUUAUGGCAGGAUGGAUAAGCAAACUUCACUAUACAACAGACAUAACAUAAUGUAUACAAAUAUUUCGAAUCACGAAUUCCUGGAACUCAACUUAAACACCAUAGAUUGGUGGUCUGUGUUUAAAACAUCUCCUACAACGUUCUCUUUAACAUGUGAAUGUGAUAACAUGUUAUCAAAAAAAGUGAUGUGUUUGCCGAAACAAAUUGAAACAAUUAAAUGGCGACAAAGUUUUAUUUAUUCAGCUAUUCCACCAGCUGUUAUAUGCGGUGCUUCACAAUUAAAACACUUAUACAUGUCUUUCAAUCUUUUUCACACUUGGCAAGGCCCAGUUUUGGGUCUCAGUAACCUGGAAUUACUUGACCUCUCAGAUAACUAUUGUAAGAACUUGACCAAAUAUUUCUUCCUUGGGUUUCCGAACCUGUUAGUAUUAAAUAUAUCAGGAAAUAUGUUAGGUCGAAGCUUUAACCCGUUUAAGAACGACGACGCACAUGAUCUCUUCGCAAAUCUUCAGCAUAUUCGAACGAUCGACAUGUCGUCGUUAAAGAUUGUGGAUUUAUCACAAUCCUUAUUUCGAGACAUGACAUACCUUGAAAAAUUGAACCUUAGCAACAAUUAUAUAACAACAUGGACAACAGAUCUCCGCAGCCCCUGUCUUUAUCAUCUUGAUGUUUCAGGAAAUAAGCUAUCUACGCUUCCUGAAAACCUAACGACGUAUCUUGAGAAUCUAACGAGGAGUGCAUGCAACAAAGGUCGAAAUGUAACACUUGUUCUUGGUAAUAACCCUCUGGUUUGUUCUUGUAAACAACUGCCAUUUUGGAAAUGGCUUAAUGUCGGAAAAGUUCAAGUGCACGGGAAAUCUACCGACUUUUGUACGUUAAAUGGAAACCCGUUUCCCUUGUCCAGUAUGGCUGAUUAUAGACGUGUUCUUCUCGCACUCAAAGAUAUUUGCAAAGACAGAUACUGGGUGAGCUGGGUUAUCGGCGCUUCGAGUGGUAUGUUCGGAAUUCUUAUGACUAUUUGUGUAACCAUUGCUUUGUACAAAAACCGAUGGAAAUUGAGGUAUAUGUAUUAUAACAGAAAGCGAAGACAUACCCACCAAGGCUUUGAGUGCCUUUUCUCUAACGACGCAAUGAUAUCAUACGCAAAGGAUCGAGCUAGUUUCAUCAAGAACAAAGUUGUCCCAGCUUUAGAGAACAUUCAUCAACUGAAAUUGUGGGUGGCAGAUAGAGACAGCAUGCCGGGUGCUUCAGUAGCAGAAAACAUUGUUCACGCUAUCUAUUCCAGUAGAAAAACUGUCCUGCUCGUAGACGAGAAAUAUCUGAACUCUUCGUGGUGUGUUUAUGACUUGAACAUGGCUCGUCAGGAGUCAGUGGAGUCCAAUAGAAACCUGAUCAUUGUGGUCAUGAUGGAACGAAUCCCGUCAAUGAAACUGCCUCUGAAUAUUAUGAGAAUGCUACGGAACGAAAUUGUUCUUGAAUAUCCAGAAAACGAGCAAUACCUUGACGCUUUCUGGACCAACCUAGCAUUGGAAAUUAACAAGUAGGAAGUUGCCAUUAUUGGGAGAUGCGCUGUUGAUGGCUAUUUUCCAAUGUAAAGUGAUAUGUAUACAACUGUAUAGCUUCCAGUAGAACUCAUGUUCGUAUAUUUGUUUAUUGUUUAUAAUUAUGCUUUUAAACUCAAUUUUGAUAUAAUUGUGGUAUAGUUUGCUUUAGUCUGCUUAUUAUUUCUUAUAUUUACAUUAUGUAUAUGUUUGUUUAUAGUUUGUGUAGGAAUACAAUACUUUUAUGAUUAUUUUGUCUUUGUCAAUGCGAAAAUCUUAUUAAAAGAAAAUACAUUUUGUUUACCAGUCGUAUUUUUUUAUUCGCUUUGUUAUGCGGUCUAACAACAUAAUUAUAAGAAGUGAAAAUUUCUAGUUAAACGUAGUUCAUGGAGAACACAAUGCAAGAAACGUUCAUUACAUAUCUUUGCGUUUAAUUUUUGCUUAUUGAACUCAAUACAACGCUCAAAUGUUUGUGAUAUGCAUGAUUAAAGCGAGCCUACGCGACACAAGAAGUUGUGUGUCCGCUAUGCCCAGAGGGGGUGUGGACAGUGUGUUUACUUAAGUCAAAAUACAGAUGUAAACCAUGAAACACUUGAUUGUUAAGUGUGCAAAUUCUGACAGGCCAUGUGCAAAGUCACGUGUCUAACAAUUUCAACGUAGAUAUGACGUAUGCAACGGAAAAUAACGACUACAUACGGAAUUGACCGAUCUUGGACGUUUUAUACCCGAGGCAAUGAAAGGAUUUAUUCAACAAUGCACCAAAUAUUCGUUACGUUACAAUACUGUGAUUCCUAUUUAAUAACUGUAGCCUGACAUUCGACUUCUGUAGAAAUGAAGGGUCAGUCAUGAUCAUCAUAUCACGAUUAACCAAGUUUCAUAAUCAUAUCCUAUGUACUUUUCGUUUUUCGGACGGACAAACGGACGGAUGGGUAAAAAUGAAUUGGAUUGAUAGCGAGCCAAAUUAACUUGAAUGUCCACAUGUAAAAAAAAAUAUUUAGGAUAUUUUGGCACUUUGUGCACUCCAUGAAAUACAUUAAAAACUGCGAACAUGUGUGUUAUAUAAAUGAAUGUUAAAUAUCAAAUAUCACGUACACAGGUAAAACAAGUUUAAAAUAAUGUUUUUUUACAUAUGAAAAAUAAAUUGAAUAUAAAACCAAUAUUAACGGGUUUUUGUCGGUCUGUAAUAUGUUGUCAAUAUCAGAAAAGAACAUUGUUCCAAGCAUAAGCAAACAAAAACCAAUCACCUGAGAGACUCAGGUCCUUAGGGGUUGGGUUGGCUUUAAUGGUCUUGGAGUAAAAAAGCGAUGCUUUAUAAUGCGGUUGAUCUGCGACCGUACCAUGCUUUACGUUUAAAAUUUAAUACGAUCUAGUUUAAUUUGUUAUAUUCGUUUUGUUCAAUUAUUAUUCAUAAUUAAAUACAUCGAGUAUACUCA